AGGAGAGACUCAGAGAGAAGAAGAGAAGAAGAAGCAACAGCUGAAGAAGAAGCUACUUCGAUCUAUAAUCUAUUACUAUUUGUUCUCAAUCUCUGAUAAUUUCCUCUCUCUCUCUCUCUCUCUCUCUCUCUUUCUUAAAAUCCAUUUUCGCCACCAUGUUUUCUGCAAACAAAAUCAAAUCCGUCGAUUUUUACAGAAAAAUCCCGAGAGAUUUGACUGAGGCGUCAUUAUCAGGAGCGGGAUUAUCCAUUGUGGCAGCUCUCUCUAUGAUGUUUUUAUUUGGAAUGGAACUAAAUAAUUAUUUGUCUGUCAGCACCUCUACAUCUGUGAUUGUUGACAAGAGUUCUGAUGGCGACUUUUUACGUAUAGAUUUCAAUAUCAGUUUUCCUGCACUCUCAUGUGAAUUUGCAUCAGUUGAUGUGAGUGACGUGCUGGGAACAAACAGGCUUAAUAUAACAAAAACAGUUCGGAAGUUUUCUAUUGAUUCAAAUUUAAGACCUACUGGCGCUGAGUUUCAUUCAGGAACAGUUGCAAAUGCUGUUAAGCAUGAUGAUGAAGUAGAUGAAGCAUCUGUUGAAGGUUCUUUUUCACUCACAACACAGAAUUUCGAUAAAUAUGUUCAUCAGUUUCCGAUUACAGUUGUAAAUUUUUAUGCACCUUGGUGUUCCUGGUGUCAACGUUUGAAACCUUCGUGGGAGAAGGCAGCUAAAAUAAUAAAAGAGAGGUAUGAUCCAGAAAUGGAUGGGCGUAUUCUUUUGGCAAAGGUAGAUUGCACUCAAGAAGGUGAUUUAUGCAGGAGGCAGCACAUACAAGGGUAUCCAUCUAUUCGCAUCUUUCGUAAAGGAAGUGACCUCAGAAGUGACCAUGGACAUCAUGAACAUGAGUCCUAUUACGGAGAUCGUGAUACAGAGAGCCUAGUCAAGACAAUGGAGAAUUUAGUGGCAUCUCUCCCAACAGAAUCUCAAAAGCUAGCUUUGGAGGAUAAGUCUGAUGCAGCAGAGCAUGCUAAAAGACCAGCACCAUUAGCAGGUGGAUGUAGAAUUGAGGGAUAUGUGCGUGUGAAAAAGGUUCCAGGAAACUUGAUCAUCUCAGCUAGAUCAGAUGCCCAUUCCUUCGAUGCUUCUCAAAUGAACAUGUCACAUGUCAUAAACCAUAUGUCUUUUGGAAGGAAAGUUACACCUAGGGCCAUGAGUGAUGUGAAGCGCUUGAUUCCUUACGUAGGUAGCAGCCAUGACAGGCUGAAUGGCCGGUCAUUCAUCAAUGCUCAUCGUGAUUUGGAAGCAAAUGUUACUCUAGAGCAUUAUAUUCAGAUAGUUAAAACAGAGGUAAUAACUAGAAAGGGUUAUAAAUUAAUUGAGGAGUACGAAUACACAGCGCACAGCAGUUUGGCACACAGUGUAGACAUUCCUGCUGCAAAGUUUCGUCUCGAGCUCUCCCCCAUGCAGGUCUUAAUAACAGAAAACCAGAAGUCUUUUUCACAUUUUAUUACAAACGUCUGUGCUAUUAUUGGGGGUGUUUUCACGGUAGCUGGAAUUGUGGACUCGAUUCUGCACCACACUAUUAGAAUAAUGAAAAAAGUUGAGCUCGGCAAAAAUUUUUGAUGGAUAGGUAAAAGUUUUGUAUAGCGUAGGGCUUCUGAUUUGCUAUACCCAUUUUCACUAGAGAGAUCUUGUUGUAACAGUUUGUUCUCUAUAGAUGUGCUAUUAAUCAUACAGAUGUAAUUUUCUAGUUGUCACUUCAGUAAAGUGAUCAUUAUAAGGAUAAGGAUUAUGAUUUACGAGGUGCAUAAUGCAUACUAUAUUUGC